CAGGAAAUAAAACCCUGGUGAAUUGGUGUCAAGGCAAAUUUAUUACAGGUGACAGCAAACACAUAUAAGUAAAACCCUACAUGUAUUUGUUGUUCCGUUUGGUCCAAGCAUCACGUCAAAAUCAGUAAUCAAAUGUAAAUAUACGAAUGUGAACAUACCAAUACAUACAAACAAAGCAUAUCAUUUUGACGUAAGCCAUACCUACGGCGAAAAAUUCAGCUGGGUGAAUGCUGUCACCUUAAUAAAUCCACCUUGAUUGGUGUCGAGCUAUGCUGCAUCAUUAGGCUACAUAGACGUCAGUAAUGCCCAGUGACCCUCACUCGGAGGGAGAAAUAAAGUAGCAAUUCUCGGAAAAGCACGCUACUCUCUCGCUACUAAGGGAAACUAAAAGACCGAACGAUGGCUAAGUACGGUUGUGGCGUAGCAAAAGGUGAGAGCCGCCUUUGCAUAUACGAGUAUUUAAGCCCCGCGACAGCAUGGGAACUGGGGAGUAGCUGCUUUAGACAGCUGCCGUAAAGGGGUUCGGACUAAGUUUCACUGCAUGGAUGCCUGUCUAAUUACCUGCUACUGCAAAAGCAUCAACAUAAUCGUCACUAGAAUAAAAAAAGUUUCUUCUGACAUUUACACCGGUACUAUAAGGCCAACAUCUACUUAAACUCUCCCAAGCUUCUCAGAGCUUUAUUGACUUACAUAAAUAAAAGGCCGCAUGUGAUAAGAUACACUAAAAAUUCCACUCAUGACGCUUGCAGCAAUCGGGAUACGGUUUGGAAUUAUCCUGUGGUAUGACCGCACAAUUCGGUGGCGGCACAGACUCUGCGCAGCUUUUAAUAAGACAAACAAUAUACAAAUACAAAUAAAAUACAAUAUAAUUAUGAAACGGAAUUGUAGGGCUUCUUACGUUUUUGCUGAGAUGCUGCUUUCGGCAUCGCAAUGGUAUACAGCACAUUCGCCAGGGUUUUGAAAGGUUUCGCCAAUAUUAAACUGAUGCGCUCCAAAUUCACAAUCAGCUGACAGCGCAUAAUAAAAUAAAACACUCGUUAAUAAGCUUACAGAAAACAUGUAAGCAGAUCGUUAGCACUUACCAGCUAAACCAAGGCCAUAGCAAAGUAGAAGUACAGCUGCUCCAAUGACAUACCGCAUAUUUAUAAGUAGAAUUCAGAUGCUGCAGGAACGUCUAUGCUGUUUAAAAUUCAAAUGCAAACUGUUGAAUUUACGCAAUGACAUAAUGGAACCAAUGACCGCAUUGGUUUUGGCCUUCCAGCUGUUGGCUCUCUUCUCCAUCGCCGGUGCACUACUCAUCUAUCUGAUCUGCAAGGUGCGUGAUGACACUGCCGAGGUGGCCGAAUCCCAGCCGGGCACUGUGCUCGUAACCAGCGCCGACACCGCACUCGGUCUACAGCUGUGCACACAUCUCGCCAACAAGGGCUGCCGUGUUUUCGCCGGUAUGCGUGAUGCCCAAGAUUCGCUGCCCGCUAAGCUGCUCAACGGUUGGCUGAAAAUGCGCGAAUACAGCGAGGAGCCAGUGCGCGGCGCCAUCAUCCCCAUGCAACUGGAUGUGACACGCGAGGAUGUGUUGCGCGAAACGACCAGCGCCAUGGGUGCACACAUGAAUGCGGGCGAGCGCGGCAUUGCGGCAGUGAUCAAUACCAGUGGCAGCCUCUUUCGCGGGCGCGUCGAAAUGCAGGAGGGCCAACAGUGGGAGCAUAUGUUGAAAACGAAUAUAUUGGGUUCAUUGCGUGUGGCCAAAGCAUUUGUGAGCUUCUUGCGACCGACAAGGGGACGUCUCAUCUAUUUAGGCGCCGGUGCUGGGACAGGACCGAAUAGCGAGGAUGGUUUGGUAGCAUUCACGGCGUCGCGCGCCGCCGUGGAGAAGUGUGUGGAAGAGCUGCGCAAAGAGCUGCAGCCGUAUGGAGUGAAGGUGGUGGCGCUAGAUACGUGCGGCAUAGCAGCGGAGGCGCUAUACAAAGCGCCAGUGCCACACACUAUGACCGAAAAUGAGGGCUCACCGACACAGUACACGGCCGAUGUUUUAAGCGCGAACGCUUUACAAGUGAUUGAGCGCGCGUUGUGGGAUGCAGUGCCGCUGGAGCGCUACCAACUGGUGCAGUAUAGCAAAUUGAAUUUCAUGUUGCCAUGUCGUUCAUCUUUUCGGAUGACAAAAAUGGGUGAAGGUGUGAAGCGUGGCGUGCAGCGGGUUUGAGCGGACGAGCGAGGAAAGGAAUAGAAACGCAGAUGUCACCUAAGUUGCGAGUAACGCCGAGACGAGGAAGGCAAAGAGACAAGGAGCUGGAACCUUCUAACGGGAAGUGGAUAACAAAAUUUGGGGACACUCCAAAAUUUGUUUUGAACAAAUAUAUAUUUUAAAAAAUUUUUCGAUUUAAGAAAAUGCUAAUGUUUACGUGGAAACUGCGGCAUUUUGUAAAAUUAACGAACAAAAGUAAUUGGCAAAUGUUAUCAUUAUAUUUCGAAGUUUAUUUAGAAAUCAAUUAACAGCUUAUUAUUCGUAAUAAAAUAAUUAUCUGAGGUUAGCUUGGUUUUAUAUGUGAAACUGAGCAGCUGAGUUUCACAGCACCUCCCAUGUAAACUAUCGUUUUAUAUUUUUUUAAUAUACAUACCUAUGUAUGUAAACCGCUACUUUCUUUAUGUUUAUUUUUGUAAAUAAUGAAAUUUAUAAUUAUACGUUUUUCUGCAAUUUUUAA